UUGUUGCCGCCGAGUUUAGCAGCACUGCAAAAAGCAGCUACACGUGCGGUUUGUGAUUUUGUAUGAAAAUACCUGGUGUAAAAUAAGUUAUUAUUGCUUAAACUAAAUUGUCUUGAAGCUCAUAAGCAGUUAAAGCUGCUUCAAAAGGCUGCUGAGUUGUUACAGCCAUGAAUUUCGAUGACGAGGAUAGACUCGAGCUGCAGCAUUUGGCGGGCGGCAACAUUGUGGAACAUGCGCCCGUUUUCUCUGCUCAGGGAAGAUUUGUCUUUGUGCGAUGCGGCCUCAAAGUGCAGGUAUUCGUCACCAGCACAGGUGAAUUGACACGUGAACUAACAGAUGCAACAGCGCCGCUGAUAAGCCUCGAGCUCGACGUGAAGCAGCCGGAACUGCUGCUCGGCUGCACCAGCACAGGGCAAAUGCUACGCUGGCAUUGGCGCACCGGCGUGCUGCAAAAGAAUGUGAACAUACAACUGGGUGCAGAAGGUCUGCAAAUACUUACGUGUAAUCUGCUGAAUCUGUACAAGGAAGGCGACACCGCGUGCGCCUUUGUGACGGCCAAGCGAAAGAGCGGCGAGCAGGUUUUGUGGUAUGUGGUCAACACAAACACAGGAGCCGUCAUUGACAUUCAAUGUGGCCUCAAAUUAAAAAUUCGGACACCCUUGGUGGAUGUGGGCAAGGGCGCCUUUAAGUACAUAAUACUAGCACAGGGCUAUUAUCUCUACUUCCUGGACUAUACAACGUGGAAGUUCUGGCGGUUCAAGAACACAAAUAUGGGGUUGAUAACAUGCGUGCGCAUGAGUCCCUGCGAGGAGGCGGCAGCCACGGGCGAUGAAUCGGGCAGGGUCAUCGUCUGGCGGCAAUUUGACAAUCAGGAGCGUGUACAAUGCACCCAACAUCAUUGGCACAAUACGCCCGUAACGAGCAUUGCGUUUACGCCCACCGGUAUCAGUUUCUACAGCGCCGGCCAUGAGGCGGUGCUCGUAAAGUGGACACUGAGCAAUCAGGAUGAGAAAAAGUUCCUGCCGCGCAUGGCCAGCAUUAUCAGGCACAUUGUGAUCAGCGACGGGAAUGAGCAUGUGCUCGCCUGCACUGAUGACAAUGCUCUGCACUUUGUGAGUCCCAGCGAGGGGAAUCUGCAAUCGACGCUGCAGCAUUUCACAUAUGCGCUGCCCGACAAGACGGGCAAGACCAUGUUUCCCAUUGGCCUGUGUCUCAAUCCACGCACCAAUACGCUGGUGCUCAAUGGACGCAUUGGACACUUGCAGUUCUACUCGGCCUAUACGAAGAGCAUGCUCUACAAUCUACGUGUGGUGGACAACAAUGUGAACUCUCAGGAGGCGCAGCGCAUCAUCUACAAUACGUGUGUCACGCGGGCGGCCUUCAACAUAAAUUGGAUGGUCACGGGCGAGGAGUAUAAUGAUCAGCGUAACUUUCCGGAGUUGCGACUUAAAUUUUGGCAAUACCAGGAAAAAUUACAAUGUUACAAACUAAACACAAAUAUAGAGCUGCCGCAUGAGCACGGUUUCCAGGCCAUCAUCUUUUCCAAUCAGUUCCAGGUGAACAAUUUGCGCUGUGCCAGCGCUGGCCAAGACAAUGUGAUCAAACUGUGGACUUUGGGUAAUUCGGAGAACAUUUACCAGCGUGGCAAAAUGUGGAGCUGUGCGGCUCAAGCGAGCUACAAACGGCAGGCGCUUGGCUCCAUAUGCUUCUCUCAGGAUGGCUCAUUGCUGGGUGCGGGCUAUGGCAGUACUCUGGUGCUGUAUGAUGCGCGCUCGUUGCGACUGUUGCACGCGCUGAGCACAUCGGCUGGCUAUGACGGUGUCGUGGCCAAGGCACAGCUGCGUCUGGCGCCAAUGCCCAUGAAUGGCACGCGCACAGAGCUCACGCAGCAGCGGCAAAAGCUGUGGGGUCUGCUGCAAACGUUGCUCGACAGCGACGAUCAGAAGCUGGUGCAGCAGGCGCGGCAACUGAUGUCCAGUGCACCGAUCAGUCAAUCCAAGGCCAGCAGCGAACAGAUACCCAAGGAGUCUGUGUACAAGCAUAUCAUGCAAAUGCCCGAGCUGGGACUGCAUCAGAAGCUGCAGCUGUUGCGUCGCUUCGGCAUCGAAUGCACCGUCCACGAGGCAUGCCACAAGCGCCUCAAGGAGCAUCUACAAAAAUUUCUGGUGGAUCCCAUGGCGGUGCAGCGACGGCUCUUAACGUUAGAGGCGCGUUUGCACCGGCUGCAGCCGCGACAACGUUUCAAGGCGAAACUGCGGCUGACACGGCUCAGCGGCAGGCGGAAAAACUACGAAGAGGUCGUCAAGCAGGAACUGUUACCGAUCUUCAGCGUGCUGAAACUAGAUGAGACCACCAAGGCAGCCAAAACAAUGUCUGCGAAGAAGCGAAAACGCUGGGAAGCGGCGUCAGAGAAGUCGCUGUCAACGAAAGCAGCGCCACUCCAGACUGUUGCCCAAAUCUCGCAUGUGCAAUUCGGAGCUGGCGCGCAGGCGCAUUUGGUGGCCGUCUGCACAGAGUCGCGUGUGCUCAUCUGGAACCUAAUGACACUCCGUCUGCAAGCGGGCCUCAAGCUCUCCGUGCGGCAAUUGGCCUUCGAUCCGCUCACCAAUCUGAUAGCUGCCGUCACACGCAACGAUGAAUUGCACGUCUUCCAGCCAAAUGUGCCGUUGCCCGUCUAUCAGCGUAGCAAUUUGCCCAAGCUGCAUGGCCUGGUCUGGUUGCCGCGUCGCCAGCCCAAGCAGAGCUCCAUCAAUGUGGACUUUCAGGCGCAAUCCACGCUGCAUAUGCUCACGCACAAAAAAGAGAUUGUCUAUCUGGCCACACCCGGUCAGGGCACAAUGGACGAUGCGCCGCCGCCCAUUUCGUUCGCCCAGCCAUCGGAUGCGGAUCAACUACUGCAAUACGCCACCUUUGGCAGCUUCGUUGCCAGCCAGAAGUCCAACGAAGUCAGAGAAAAUGUUCAGACUAGCGGACCGCUGAUUGUGGGACGUAGUGUGCAUAGUUCAGUGGAUGCGCUGGUCAAUUUGUCCGCCCACACGAUGCCUGCGAUGAGCCUGAUCUGCGGCGAAUUCAUCAAAUCGCUGCUAACGCCUGCCGACAGCGCAGCCAGACACAGAGCGGUGAUGGAAGAGACUCUGAGCAAUGGCAAAUUGAAUGGCAAUGGGCUCUCGCACCUAGACAGUGAUGUAGAGAAUGACGCAGACGAAGACGAAGAGGGGGAGGCGGAGGAGCUAGCAGAAGAGCAGCAGGCAGAGGAGAUGCGCAAAACGUUGCUGGCGCAGAAUGCGGCGCUGGAAGAGAGCCUCAGUCAAGAGGACAUGCAAUUGAAACUGGAUGAGCGACUGCAACGCGUUGCGCAGCUCGAUGUACAGCUUGAGUUUUAAUUGUAGAAUUAUUGCAUAUUUUGCAGAUAGACACAAACCGUUCGCUUAAUUUUACAGUUCAGCUAGGUACACUGACGCUUGUAGUUGUUGUAACAAAUUGUCUUGAUUUUUUUUUGUAUACAAACGAAACACCUAUAAUGCGUGAGUGUUUUAUAAAAUAUAAACUAAAUGCAGUUAUUUUUACAAAACAA